GUUUUUUUAAAUGUGGCCCUUUCAAGUAAGUAAGCAAGUCGAGUCUCAAGCAGACCAACAAGCACUUGUAGAAAACAAUGAAGAAAUCAACACCAAAUACAAAUAUGCGCCUCAACCAAGAGACGAGGAAGCACCUAUGGACUUGGGCACACUUCAGGAUGUUUUUAGUUUUAGCUUUAUGAAGGGCAGACCCAUUUUAAAUUUUGUUUUGGCUGUCUUGUGGAGUAUAGGACUACCUAUUCUUCUCUAUCAUCUUAUCAAACCUUAUACAGGGCAAGUCUUGGGCAUGAUCGUGGCUUCAGCACCGCCUUUAUGCAUGGUGCUUGUGCGCAUGAUAAGCGACCGAAAGUUUGACUUGCUUGGAUGUAUUGCAGGCGUGAGUUUUCUUAUUACGGGUAUUCUAUCUAUAGCAGAACCGGAUGAAAAGACAGCGGCGAUUUGUGAAUCGCUUGUGUCUUUAUUAGUCGGUAUCAUCUGUCUUGUUUCCGUGUUGCCUAUCCAGAUAGGAUCGUUCAAGCUAAGACCUGUGGUCUAUCAACUAGCCAACCAAGUGAUGCCUCGAGACGAAACCAUGGUUGCACAAGACGAUCAACGCUUGACAUCGACCCCCUCCGGUCGAAAAAGACUCGAUUAUCUCUAUACCCACAUGGCCAAGUUUAGACAUGAUAUGCGGUUCAUGACAGUGACGUGGGGGCUAUUGUUAAUCGUGGCUUUUGUGGUCAAGGUCGUGAUGGUCAUGACAAGCACCGAUACAAGCAAAGCACAAUGGUAUGGGUAUCUUUUGUUUGGUUUGAUAGCAUGCUGUAUGGCUGUCUUUACCUGGGUUUAUACCAACCUGGUCAAGGGACAUGUGGUGGAUCAAGUGGCUUUUUGGAGAAAAGAACAAGAGGUGAAGCAUGAUGCAGAAGGUGUUCAAAACAUCAAUUGGGUAGCGAGUUCCAUGUAUGGAGGAUUUGAACAAGUACUGCCGAUGUAAAUGGUUCAUCUUAAAUAAAAUAAGUUGAUC